CUUGCCCAGCGCCGAUCACUUCAGCUUGCUCCUCUCGACGUGCACGAUGGCCUCCCUGAUGACUACAUGGCUCUCCCCUCGCGUCUGCUCGUGCGCGAAAGCCGCGUCCUUCCCCCGUGCCGCCGCUGCUUUGCACACAUCCGCCCCGAUAUACAGGCGCAAAGGUCCGGCCGCGUCGAACGACAAGAUCACCGAAGUCCGUCAGUCUUUUGUUCGCGAUACCUUGCCCCAUCACGCUGUCCUGGAGGACGGUACGACACAGCCCAUGGAACCUGCCGAUCGCGACGAAGAUGGACUGUAUACCAAGGGCGUCUUCCGACGGCGGUCGACGCGCGCGAGCGAGCAGGACUGGCGCCAACGGAGGGGAACCUGGGACCAUGAACUGCGCAACAGGGGAGUCUUCACACAGCCAGCGCCCGAAGCAGCUUCACGAUCUCCGCACACGAGCAAGCGUCAAUGGGGCAAGGACCUGGUCGACUUGCACAUGGACCUUCAGCUUGAUGACCUUCUAAACACCUACAACUCCAAAUCAUCGUCCGCGUCUGGCAAACGCUCCGCCCAACGGCAGCAGAACCAUCCGGGCAACGCGCACGAUGAUCGGGAUCCGGGGAUGCGUUUGGGACCGAAUCCAUUCACGCGCCUUCGCAGCACUAGAUGA